GCAGCCCGCGUCUUGUGCAUGUGCGUGGAAUCAUGGCCCUAGCUGCAUCUGCCUUCGGGCUUUAUCUGGGAAAUACUUCCUCCUGUCUCGCCAUUUACAAAGAUGAGAAUGUGGAUGUCGUUGCCAAUCAUGCGGGGGACAGAGUCACAGCUGCUGUCAUCGCUUUUCACGAGACCGAACAGAUAAUAGGGGCAGCAGCAAAAUCAGGUUUAUUCCGAAACGCCGCAAUAACCGUCCUAAACAAUAAACGCCUGAUGAACAAAGAGAUAGACUCGAAUGAGUUAGAUACUGCCAUAAAAAAGAGCUCAGUCCCAAUAAUAACAGAGUCAGAGCUUCAGUAUUCAAUCACAGUAGGUGAUAAAAUCGAGAAAAUUACCCCGAAAAAGAUAUCCUCAUUACUCUCAGGUGCAAUGUACGAUAUAUCCACGACAGCAGCUCAUGACGACGAGGAGCACAACGUCGUGUUGUGCGUCCCUCACAGAUUCAAUAGCGAGAGUAUCCAAGAGUGGAGUGAUUCAGCAGCUAGUGCUGGGUUCAAGGUACUUCAGGUCAUUGCUGAACCCGUGGCGUCUUGCCUCGCUCAUGGGUUGGGGAAGAACAAGAAGGAGUCAGAGCUUGUCCUAGUCUACCGAGUAGGUGGCGUAUCAAGUGACGUAACCCUGGUCAAAGCAACCGGUGGUGCAUUCACGAUACAAUGCACUCAGUACUACCCCUCCCUAGGCGGUCACAAGCUCACAGAUCUGUUGACAACCUACUUAGCUGAGGAAUUCCGAAACAAAUACAAGAUCGACCCAACCGAGAGUCGUAGAUCAAUCUCAAAACUGAAGAUCGAAGCGGAGAGAUGCAAGCACGUUCUCUCGACGAUGUCCACAGCCCACCUCUUCGUGGAGUCCCUCUGCGAGGGUGUGGACUUCAGUCACAACAUCACGAGAGCCAGAUUCGAGAAUCUCAUAGGGCCCCACAUCUCCGAGUACAUCCAGCCGAUUCAGGAUAUCCUCAACAGCACAUCUCACACGAUAAUGGACAUCAGGAAGAUAAUCCUCUGCGGUGGAACAAUGAAGAUCCCAAAGCUCCAGGAGAAGAUUGGCUCGAUAUUCCCCUGCGGAGAGGUCUUGUCCUCCAGGUGGAGCCCUGACGAGACAAUGGCCAUAGGGGCUGCAAUGCACUCGUCCCUUCUCUUAUCCCAAGGAAUUCACGAUCGUGACUUGAAUUCAACGCAUGUCGAGUUGUAUGCCCUAGGCAGAUCGAUCUGCCUGAAAUUUGAGGAUAUCGAAACUGUGAUCAUUCCUGAGGACACAAUCGUGCCCAUCAAAAUUCAGACGAUAAUUGACAUGCCUGAAAUCACGGGGGAGAAAGUACGAGUGAAUAUUUUCGAGGGCGAGGACAACGGCAAUGAGAUUACUAAUCAAAUUGGACUGAUUUCUCUUGACGUGAAGAAUCCUGGAAAGUACAAGGUCGACACUGAUGUGACUGAGGCCUUUUUGAAUGUUCAUAUAACGGAAUUGUCAACGGGAAAGAAGUCAUCGUUUCGAUUUGGAAUUCAUGAGGAUGAUUCUUUGUGAAUUCCGGCGCAUGUACAUUAUCAAUAAAAUUAUGACUAUUUGUUUUGUCGUGAA